AUGUCUGCCGACGAUACCACCGUCCCUUCCCUGCGCAAGGUUCUGACCUCUGAAUCUGAGCCCCUGGCUCGCCGAUUCCGCGCGCUUUUCUCCCUCAAGCACCUGGCCUGCCUGCAGCCUCCCACAGAGCAAAGUCUCCCCGCCAUCGAAGCGAUCGCCGCGGGUUUCGCGUCACCCUCCGCCCUGCUCAAGCACGAAUUGGCCUACUGCCUGGGUCAGACAAAGAACAUCGAAUCUGUCUCAUACCUCAAGCAUGUGGUGAACGACACAGAAGAGGAUGCGAUGUGUCGCCAUGAGGCCGCAGAGGCACUGGGUGCCCUGGGCUACGAAGACAGCUUGGAUCUGCUCAAGCGACUGAGAGAUGAUACAAAGGAGUUGGAUAUUAUUCGUGAGACCUGCGACAUCGCGGUCGAUCGCAUUAUCUGGGAGAACUCCGAGGCCAAGAAGGCGGAACAACUGAAGCCCAGUGAUUUCGGUUCUAUUGAUCCUGCUCCUCCCAUGCCCCUCCAGUCUAGCGAGCCCUCUAUCCCUGACCUGGAGCAGACACUGCUCGACACAAAGCAGCCUCUGUUCCAAAGAUACCGUGCGAUGUUCGGUCUGCGUGACCUUGCCUCGCCCCCGGACCUUCCCACGGCAGUCGAUGCCGUUAAUGCCCUGGCAAAGGGUCUCAAGGACCCUUCUGCCCUUUUCCGCCACGAGGUCGCCUUUGUGUUUGGUCAGCUCUGCCACCCCGCUUCGAUUCCCAGUCUCACAGCUUCUCUGAGUGAUCUCUCCGAGGCUGGUAUGGUGCGCCACGAAGCGGCGGAGGCCCUUGGCAGUCUGGGUGAUGAGGAGGGUGUUGAGGAGACACUGAAGAAGUUCUUGAAUGAUCCCGAUGAGGUUGUUCGUGACAGUGUCAUUGUUGCUCUUGACAUGGCAGAGUUUGAGAAGAAUGGCGAGACCCAGUAUGCGCUGAUGCCGGAUAGUGCUGCCCCCGUUGCCGCCGCAUGA